AUGCUAACGAAGCAGCCUACGAUCCACGCGAUGGCGCAGAUGGGAGACGUACAGGCGAUCAAGAACCUGCUCGAAGACAACCCCCAGCUCGUCAAUGAGCGCGACGACCAGGACGUCACGCCUCUCCACUGGGCAGCUAUAAACGCCCAUAUCGGCGCGUGCCGACUGCUCCUGGACGAGGGUGCCGAUGUCGAUGCCAUCGGAGGAGAUCUCAAGGCUACUCCGCUUCAAUGGGCUGCUCGCCUGUCGCCGUUGACGAGAAGGACUCGGACGGACACACGGCGCUCAUGCGACGCCCUCUCCGUCGAACUCCUACUCCGCCAUGGCGCUUCUGUGACUGAGUGCGACAAUUCGGGCUUAACGCCGCUGCACUGGGCGGUUGUGAAGGGAUCUGUCGGUUGCAUCAAGAAGAUUGUCGAGGCGGGCGGCGAUUUUGACGUCCGUGACAAUCAGAACAAGGCGCCGCGGGAUAUGGCCGUCGAGCUCAAGGGCGAGUCGAAUCUGAACAUGGCACUCGAUGAGGCCAACUUCUACCGCGAUGGACACAGGAUACAGCCGCGCUUCAGUGACCGGGUCACGAUGGCCCUCGCGUUCGGGCUGCCGAUCGUGACGCUACUCAUCGCGUUCAAGGACUUUGAGUGGCUGGAGUGGUACUACGCGUGGCCGUUGCUGUUCGUGACAAUGUGGUUGAUGCAGCUGGUGGUCCUGAAGCACAUCCCGCUCGCCAACCGAACGCAGUACUCGCCCUUCUUCCCGAGCAUCAUCAUCGCGUCUCUGUUCUGGGUUGGCGAGGUGUGGGUUACGCGCCUGUUUGCGGGCACACCAGGCUACCUCGUGUCAAACCUGUGCUUCGUGCUCGCGUUCGCGGCAUGCUCGUUCUGCCUGUACAAGGCGAUCCGCGCCGACCCGGGCUUCGUCCCCGUCUCGUCCGAGGCCGAGAUUAAGGCCGAGAUCGAGGACCUGACGGACGAGGGACGGUUGAACGGCACCAACUAUUGCAUCUUCUGCAUGGUGCGCAAACCGCUACGGUCAAAGCAUUGCAAGACGUGCAACCGCUGUGUCGGCCGGUUUGACCACCACUGCCCUUGGAUCUGGAACUGCGUCGGGUACAACAACCACCGCUACUUCCUCGGUUUUGUGUUAGCGCUGAUUGUCGGCGUCAUCUUCUUCGAUCGGCUAUCGAUUGCCUAUAUCAAGGAGAAUGCGCCAGCAGCGCCGCCAAUCGAUCCGAACGACACCUCGCUAUGCGACUUCUCCACAGUCCUCUGCCGUGGGGCACCGUACGAUUCGUUCCUCGUCGCCGUCGCGGCCUGGGCGACGCUGCAGCUAUCAUGGACGUCGGUCCUGGCCAUUUCGCAGCUGUACCAGAUCAUGCGCCAGAUGACGACGUUCGAAGUCUCCAACCUCGGCCGCUACGGCUACAUGGGCGGGCGGGGUGGCACGUCGCUGCGGGAGCAGGACGGCGCCAUGGCGAAAGUGUACCGCGCGAACCCUCAGGCGGCCACCGGCGAGCGCGAAUGCGAGCACAAGCACGGACACGGCCGCUGCGGCGUGCCGGGGCGCAUCUGCUCCGCGCUCUGGAUGAAGAUCACAGGCCCCUUGUUCCGCCUCCUCGGCUUUGAUCGGUUCACGAAGGGCAAGGCUGUCAGUGGCAUGGCGCGCGCGCGGAGGGACCAGAACCCCUUCGACCUGGGUCUUGUCAAGAACUGCACGGACUUCUGGAUCGGAGCCAACGGUGUCGAUUAUGCCAGCCUGUACGAUGUGCCGCCUGAGGGGUGGGCGGCGUACAGGAAGAAGAUGGCGCAGGGGGCGGGGUACGAGCGUGUCGCGCAGGAGGACGUGUAG